UAUCCAGAAGGGUUUGAUGAAAGACAGGUUCUGGAUGUUUCCCUGAAACAUGUCUGUGAUGAAUCGACUGUUUCGGAUAUCCGCUAAUCCUCCCUGAAUCCUCAGCACAGUGCCAUGUGAUCGAGCUGGGAAAGAGGACUGGCUUUAAACCGGAGAGGAACUGAGUCCGGGAAGAAAUCAGCUUUAAACAAAGUCGCGACUUGGACAAGAGGAAAAAAUGGACGAGUGUUGUGUGGAUUUCUGAAGAGCUUUCAUUUAAUAUCAUCUCAUCACUCGAGGAAAAACUUUAGACGGUUGUGAAUUGAAAAAUAUUUGCAUCUGAGAUUGAAUUAAACAUUUGAAAACAAUUGUUUCAUCUUCCAGGAUAUGAUUGAUUGUUCAUUUUGUACUUCAUACUCUUAAUACCAUCAGUACCAGUGUAGCCUCCAGGCUACAGUGUCUUUUCUUUUCACUCUGAAAGCAAAACUAAGAUGUGGGAAACUUCUAGUUAACGUUUCGGAGACGGUCAAAACUACCUCUGGGUUGGUUUUGUUUAUUCUAAACAUCAACAAAACCGCCUUUUUUUUUGCGGAGAAAUCCAUACACUGUAUAUCUGUGCUCCCUUUAUUAACUGGAUAGUCACAUACAAUACACUAUAGCCAAGCUAACUGCUAGCUCCAUUCAGGCAUCUCCAUGGAAAUAAAGCCUGAGCGGUGAAGUCGGUGUUGGGUUUUUGUUUGUUUGUUUGUUUGUUUUUUAUUAUAACUUGUGUUGAAAACGCUUUUGAAAACCAUCUCGUCCUGUCCGUGGAUGGAGUCUCUGUCGGGGAUUUACCGCGGGGGUGUAUCCGCAGGCAUGGACACGGACUCAGUAACCGGAACCGUGGACCCGGUGCUCGACGGCAUUUUAAUGGACUCGUUUUGCCAACAGCAAGGAUGGAUGCGCGUCUACGAUGUGAAGGGGCCACCAAGCCACCACUUUUCCUGUGGCCAGUCACCCUUCUCCAAGCCCAGCGUCUGGGAGAAGAAGUACUGCAUCCUGACCGACAACCAGCUCAUCCUGCUCAACCGUGAGGAAGAGAUGCCUGCAGAGGUGCAUGAAAGCCCCACAGUUUCAUCGUCCAAAGGCCGCAGCCUGAGGAGAACAGUCAGUGUGCCCUCUGAAGGACAAUUCCAAGAGUAUCCAGCAGAGGGAGCAUCCAUAUUGGAAGUAUCCUCAGAUCGCUCCCCCAGACGGAGGAGCAUCUCUGGUCUUGGCAGCUCAGACAAGAACAUCACAGUCGAUGGACCCAACUCCUCACCCUUCAAAGUGCCAGGUUUUUUCAGUAAGCGACUCAAAGGGUCAAUCAAGAGGACAAAGAGCCAGACCAAGCUGGAUCGGAACUCAAGCUUCAGGCUACCGUCACUGCGGCCUACUGAGAACGAGAGGUCACGAGGCCUGCCCAAGCUGAAAGAGUCCUGUUCACAUGAGUCUUUGCUCAGUCCGAGCAGCGCUGUGGAGGCACUAGACCUCAGCAUGGAGGAGGAUGUGUACAUUAAACCGCUUCACAGCAGCGUGCUGGGACAGGAGUUCUGUUUUGAGGUGACAUACUCAGGAGGCAGUAAGUGCUUCAGCUGUUCCUCAGCCUCUGAGAGAGACAAAUGGAUGGAGAACAUCAGGAGGACUGUGCAACCAAAUAAGGACAACUGUCGGCGUGCAGAGAAUGUCCUACGCCUGUGGAUCAUUGAGGCCAAAGACUUGCCGCCCAAGAAGAGAUACUUCUGUGAGCUGUGCCUAGAUGAUGUACUUUACGCACGCACCACCAGCAAGGUGCGCUCAGAUUGCUUAUUCUGGGGCGAGCACUUUGAGUUCGGCGGUCUGCCUGCCAUCAACAGCAUCACUGUGCAUGUGUACCGCGAUGCCGACAAGAAAAAGAAAAAAGACAAGAGCAACUAUGUCGGACUGGUGAACAUCCCAGUGCAGGCAGUGAGUGGACGCCAGUUUGUGGAGAAGUGGUACCCAGUAAGCACGCCCACCAGCAACAAGACGAAAGGCGGUGGCCCCUCCGUCCGUAUCAAGUGCCGCUUUCAGAGCGUUGCAAUCCUGCCCAUGGAGCUGUACAAGGAGUUUGCAGAGUUCGUUACGAACAACUACACCAUGCUCUGUUCAGUGCUCGAGCCUGUAAUCAGUGUGAGGAAUAAGGAGGAGAUGGCCAGUGCACUCGUGCAUAUACUGCAGAGUACUGGCCGGGCAAAGGACUUUCUGACAGACCUGGUCAUGUCAGAGGUGGAUCGAUGUGCAGAUCAUGACGUGUUGAUCUUCCGGGAAAACACGCUGGCCACCAAGGCCAUAGAAGAGUACCUCAAACUUGUGGGUCAGAAGUAUUUACAUGAUGCCCUAGGAGAGUUUAUCAAAGCUCUCUAUGAGUCGGAUGAGAACUGUGAGGUGGAUCCAUCGAAGUGCCCCAGCAGUGAGCUGCCUGAACACCAAAGCAACUUAAAAAUGUGCUGUGAGCUCGCCUUCUGCAAGAUCAUCAACUCCUACUGUGUUUUUCCACGUGAGCUGAAGGAAGUGUUUUCCUCAUGGAAGCAACAGUGCCAUGCCCGGGGGAAGCAAGACAUCAGCCAGCGACUAAUUAGUGCCUCACUGUUUCUGCGCUUUCUCUGUCCAGCUAUCAUGUCACCAUCCCUUUUCAACCUCAUGCAGGAAUAUCCUGAUGACCGUACCUCACGCACGCUUACCCUCAUCGCUAAAGUCAUCCAGAACCUUGCCAACUUCACCAAGUUUGGCAACAAAGAAGAGUACAUGGCCUUCAUGAACGAUUUCCUGGAGCAUGAGUGGGCAGGCAUGACCCGCUUCCUGCUGGAGAUCUCCAACCUCGAAACUAUCUCCAACACACCAGGUUUUGAGGGAUACAUCGACUUAGGCCGUGAGCUCUCUCUGCUGCAUGCCCUGCUGUGGGAGGUGGUGUCGCAGCUGGACAAGGGUGACAAUUCCUUCCUGCAGGCGACGGUAGCCAAACUGGGGCCUCUGCCACGUAUCCUGGGUGACAUCACACGUUCACUGUCCAGCCCCACACCAAUCCAGCAGCAGCUCAGACGUUUCCAAGACCACGGCUCCACCCACAAUAUCACUGGCAGUGUCUCUUCAGGACUGCAGAGGAUAUUUGAGGACCCAAACGACAGUGAAAUUCAGAAUGCCAAAUCUCCAGUGCAAGAACAUACAGAAGUUCUGUCACGUGGAAAGCCCCCUUUACUGUCCCAGCAGCCAUCCCUGCACAGCAUGAGCUUCUCCGACAAGGAGCGAGAAAGCCACCUUCCUAAUGGGCGGAGCAUCUCCCUGAUGGACCUGCAGGACUCACACCUUCUUCAUGAAGUCCCACCGAGAAUAGGACGCGUAGGUUCCCAAGUGUCCAUCGGUCCACUGCCUCCCCCUGUUCUUCACCUUCAUCACCACCAUCCACAGCAACAGCAGGCCAAAGUGGUCACGCUAAGGGAAAACAUACCUCAGAGUGCACCACAGGUCCGCCGGCCUCUGCAACCAUCUUUAAGCCAGCAGCGCAGCCUACAGCCACUCUGCUUUCAGAACCCUGUAUACCAGCUAAGCAAUAUGCAUGCACUGCGCUCAGCUCAGACGCCACUUCAGGCCCAAUCCAGCUCAGAGAACCUGAGCACAGCAAGCUCGCACAGUGCCAGCCCCAGCACUACACCCAGGAAAAGGAUGCCCUCCACCACCAGUAUCGAGGAAGAGGAAACACCUUCUUCCUGCUGGCAUACAGGCCUCGUUGAUGCUCAGUCAGGGCCACAGGUACUGGCUAUAGCCAGGCAGAGUGGUGCAGGGACAGCACAUAUUGUAAAGGUGGAACAGCAAAGUAGAUCAAAUGGAGGGGUGCCACGCUCACUGCCACAUAGCACCUCACUACGCAGCAGCAGCAGUGUCAAUACAGACCCACAACAGCAAAGUGAAACUAGCUCCAGACAGCAGUCGAUCUGCUCACGAGACAGCCCCAUCCACAGCAACAGAACGAACAGACAGGUGCACACUCCUGUCGAGUCGGUCACCAUGUCUCCUGUUGAGCGGACAGCAGCGUGGGUGCUAAAUAAUGGCCAGUACGAGGAGGAUGAGGAGGAAGGCCAGAGCAAGAAGGAAAGCAAGCAUGUGGAGAAGUAUGAGCAAGAGAUCACAAAGCUGAAGGAGCGGCUGCGCGUGUCUGGCCGCCGUUUAGAAGAAUAUGAACGGCGACUUGCGGCACAAGAGCAGCAAAUGCAGAGGCUGCUGUUGGAGUACAAGACUCGCCUGGAGGACAGCGAGGAGCGCCUGCGGCGGCAACAGGAGGAGAAGGACAGCCAAAUGAAGAGCAUUAUCUGCAGGUUGAUGGCAGUAGAGGAGGAACUGAAGAGAGACCAUGCAGAGAUGCAGGCAGUCAUAGAUGCAAAGCAGAAGAUCAUAGAUGCACAGGAAAAGCGGAUCAGCUCCCUUGAUGCAGCUAACUCGCGCCUCAUGAGCGCCCUCACUCAGGUCAAAGAGCGCUACAGCAUGCACAACCUUCGCAAUGGCCUCUCUCCCACUAACCCCACCAAGCUCUCCAUCACCGAGAAUGGAGAGUUCAAGAACAGCAGCUGCUGAUUAAGCCGCUCGUACCUGUCGAACUGUGCUUGUCAAUGCUCAGACACAGGAUCACCGGCACCAGUUUGGACUAAGAUACAGUGUUGGUGGCCAUGUUCUCUGACUACUACAUAAAAUCUUAUGCAAGGAAUGUCUGGUUACAAUGUAUAUAGAUUGUAUCUUGCAUUGAGCUUGUACAGAAAGAAGUAAAUCAGUUUAGAAGAGUUUUAAAUUGGUUUAGAGCUGUACUGUCGUACUGCGUCGGUGAUUUUAUGUUUUAAAUACUGAUAAUACCAUACACGAGGGUUAUGAUUACAGUCUCAAAGAUUUUAAGUAUUGUUAAACUAAGAUAUGAUAUAUUGAGGAUAUGUACAUAUCAGAUAAUGGAACUCUUUUAAAAGAAGAUGCUAUGAAAGCACAUAGAAGAGGUUUAUAGCUCUUACUAAUGUGGGCAAACAAACAGAAGGCAGUUUUAUGCACUCAAUUUUAUAACUCAAGUUUUCUAUGUUUUUGACCUCCAAUUUGAACUAUUUUAUUUGAACAGUUUUUUGUUUGUUUGUGUUUUGUUUUGCUUUAAUAUCGCCUGAUUUAAGGUCAUGUUCAGCAGACAAACUGGCUGGCUGCUUUUGGGGUUGGGGGAUCAUAUCAGCUUUACACCAAUGAAACAAAAAAGUCACUGAUAAUUUGUGACUGAAAAUAAUGCAGAAGUAAAUUCAUCAAUAAUUUUGUUGUGCUACAUUACAUGGCUUAAAGCUUGCGGACAUCUGACUAUCACACCCAUAUGUACUUUCUGAACAUCCCAUUCCAGACGUAGUUCCCCAUGUACAGUAAUUUGCUGUUGUUAUAACUUCCACUCUUCUGUGAAGGCUUUCCACUAGAUUUUGGAGUGUGGAUGGGCUCACAGGAGCAUUAGUGAGGCCAGGCACUGAUGUUGGAGCACAGUCAAUGUUCUAGUUCAUCCCAGUGGUGUUCAGUGGAGUCUCGGUCAGGUCUUUGUUCAGGACAGUUGAGUAUUUUCCACUCCAUUUUUGGCAAACCAUGUCUUCAUGUUCCUUGCGCAGUGUCAUACUGGAACAGGUUUGGACCCCUUAGUUCCAGUGAAGGGGAAGUAUAAUUCUACAGCAUAAAAGACAUUCUAGACAAUUGUGUGCUUCCAAAUUUGUGGCAACAGUUUGGGGAAGAACCACAUAUGGGUGUGAUGUUCAGGUGUCCACAUGCUUUUGGCCAUAGUCUGUGUAUGUAUGUUUUUGGCUUUACCCCUCUGGUGUAAAUGUACACAUAGUGAAGUCUAGGGUCUUGAACUAGCACCAGUGUUUCCCAUUCAUAGCCUAAUAACUAUCUUGUCAGACCUAACUAAUCAAAAGUUAGCACUCUUAACUUUAUGCUGCUUUAAACAGUGGCCCAGACAGAUAUUCUGUCGGAUCAUCAGUUACUUUCAAAUCUCUGCUUUUUUCCAACCUUAUUUAACGUUUGCCAAUGACUACUGUUAAACCACACUGUUUUGCCAUAAUGGCCUCACUCUGAUCUAAACAAUAUUUUGUAGCAAAGAGACGCUGAAUGCAUUUUUGCCGUUGUCACUGUUCUGUAACAUUAUGAAAAGAUUGUGAAAAAUAAAGAUGGUUGAGACUCCAUUUUAGCCUUUCUAUUUUAA